AUGAGUUCAAAUCGUGUUGCCGCUGGAACAGGCAUUGAAGGAACAGACUUGAAUCAACUUCAAGGUCCUAUGGGAAUCUUUGUCGAUGUGAAUUUGGAUUUAUAUGUAGCAGAUUGUCAGAAUAAUCGUGUCCAGUUGUUUCGGUCGGAAGAAUCAAAUGGCAUCACAGUAGCUGGAAGUAAAUCACUAAAUCCAACAAUUAAACUUGAUUGUCCAAGUGGAAUUAUAUUAGAUGCUGAAAAAUAUUUAUUCAUUGUAGAGCGGAACAACCAUCGUAUUGUUGGUUCAGGCUUGAAUGGUUUUCGAUGUUUAGUUGGAUGUUAUGGAGAGGGUUCACAAUCCAAUCAAUUGUAUAAUCCAUUUAGUUUUAGUUUUGAUCGUUCUGGAAAUAUAUUUGUUACUGAUCAACAAAAUCAUAGAAUUCAAAAAUUUCAAUAUUUGGAAGAAUUAUGUGAGAAUAAAAAACAAAAAACUAUCAUAGAAGAUGAAAGUCAAGCUCCUGAUGAAUUUCGAACUGAAUUAUUGAAUAGUUAA